AAUUACCCGUGUUUUUGAAAUCUGAGCUCUAACCGCUACUUCUCUCUCUCUCUGUGUGUGUGUGUGUGCGUGAGAGAGAGAUUUGGUGGGUGGGGAAAAACUUUUAGUGCAUUAGUUUUGGCUUUAGGCUUUUAUGUGUGUGUGUGUGUGUUAUUGAGUUAAAUAGCUGAGACUUUAAACACAAUUUAGAAUAGUCUCUCUCUCUCUCUCUCUCUCUCUCUCUCUCACUCACACACACACACACACACACACACACACACUCUCUCUCUCUCUCUCUCUCUCUCUCUCUCUCUCUCUCUGUGCACUCGCCCUCGGUGUGUCUGAAGGAACACCAGACAGAAUUGCACAUGGAUGUGUUGUGAAAGUGUCACGGUUCUGGAAGAUGACGGAUAAAGGCUCGGUUCUGACUUCUGUGAUUAUCUUCUACCUGUCCAUUGGAGCCACUGUGUUUCAUCUCCUGGAGGAACCGAACUGGAGAACCGCAGUGCAGAAAUACCAACAGGAGAAAGACCGGAUCCUCCAAACACACCCUUGUCUCAGCAAAGAUGACCUAGACACCAUCAUCGAGAUGGUGGCUACAGCAGCAGGUCAGGGUGUCACUAUCACUGGAGAGAAACCCUACAACCCGUGGGUCUGGCAGAACGCCAUCAUCUUCGCCGCCACCAUCAUCACUACCAUUGGUUAUGGUCAGGUUGCUCCGAAGACGAUAGGUGGGCGUGUCUUCUGCAUUGUGUUCGGUUUAUGUGGAAUCCCUCUGUGUUUCACAUGGAUCAGUGAACUUGGAACAUUCUUUGGCAGUCGAACCAAACGACUGAGUCAGGCUCUACUGCACCGACAAUUCAGUGUGAAAAAGGUACAGUUUAUCUGCACGACAUUGUUCCUGUUGUGGGGUUUGCUGUUCCACCUGCUCAUCCCUCCAUUCUUCUUCAUGUGUGUGGAGCAGUGGACGUAUCUGGAGGGGCUUUACUUCUGCUUCAUCACGCUCACCACCGUGGGCUUUGGAGACUACGUAGCAGGUGUGAACACGGGGGUGGACUACCAGGCUCCAUACCGGUUCUGUGUGGAGUUAUGGAUCUACAUGGGCCUGGCAUGGCUUUCUCUGUUCUUCAGCUGGAAUGUCCACAUGGUAGUGAAGGCCCACCAAGUCCUGAAGAAACGCAGACAGAUGCAUCACAAUCCUUCUUCUGUUCAGCUGGACCAGAUACACAAAGCAUCACUGCCUCAUACACCCAGCAUCGUGGACAUCUUCAAGUUCAUGUCAGAGAAAGGUGAGGACUAUAGUGACGUGAUCCGAGCCAUUGGCACCACCGAGAAGAAGAAGAAACAGGAGGAGGAGGCUCUCACACGUUCCAAGAGCUGUAGUGAACUCCUCAAACAGGUGGUGGUGCCACUGGAACCAUCGCUAUGCCAGAAACGCAGAUUCAGCAUCGGAGACAAUGUCUACAUGGUCAUCUCCAGAGCCAGAGGUUCCACUGGAGAUCUGGAGGUGUGCAAAUCCCUUCAGAAGGAAAUGAGUCAAGAUCUGGACCUGUGCAAGGAGAAGUGUUCAGAAAAGGAAGUUCUAAAGAGAGCAGGGAGUUCAGUGUGGGACUCAAGAAACAUCUCCCAGAGAUCUUUUCAGAUCCCCAGCUUCAGGUUUAGCUAUGACAAUGAUGACUCAGGAACCCAGGAAGGAACCUCGAGGUUCUCUGUGACCAAAGUGAAUGAAGAUUUAUUAGAGAAAGGAGAAGGACCGGGAUGAGGAGCAGAGACCUCCUUCAACAUCCUUUGUGGCUUAUAGUACACAGUUAGGCUACUACAGUGAGAACAUUUAUUUAAGUGGAAAACCUGACAAGAACCUGGUGAAGACCUGACUGGGAACAAAGCCCUUCAGAACAAUGUUAUUAUUUCAAUAAUAAAUGACUGAUUGUUGUAAAACUGCUCUGUGUGUGUGUGUGUGUGUGUGUGUGUUUCCUGUGUGACUGGUUUCAGAUAAGUGAUAAAUUGUAAAUAAAUGCCUUUUUCUCCAUGCUUAAUAAAAUCUGAGAAAUACAAAUAAAAUCUGAGAUGUACACA